AUUAGAUAACAGUUUCAUAUCAGCAUUACUAUUGCUUUCGAACGACAUAACAACGACGACCGUCAGAUUGUUAGUGUGUCUCGAAACUUUAUAACUCACGAAAAUGGUAAUGUUUAACGCUCGAGGAUUAAUGCCACCAGUGUUCACACCACUUAAUGAUGACCACACAAUAAAUUAUUCAGUGAUACCUGAAUAUGCUAAAUACUUAGCAAAUACUGGCAUCAAAUCUGUCCUUGUUGGUGGCACAACUGGUGAGCAUAUGUCUCUAAGUGUUGGAGACAGGAAGAAAGUAAUAGACGCCUGGGUGAAGGUAGCUAAGACCACUGAUCUGCAUAUACAAGUGCAAGUUGGUGGUGCCCCAUUGUCAGACGUAUUGGAUUUGGCUUCAUAUUGCCAGAAAGUAGGAGCAGAUUCGCUUCUAACUCUACCUGAGUUGUACUUCAAACCGGACAGUGUAGACACUUUGGUGGAUUACGUGGAGUUGGUGGCCAAUGCUGCGCCCAACCUGCCCGUACUUUACUACCAUAUACCGAGCAUGAGUAAAGUGGAAAUCAACAUGCCAGCGUUUGUUACAAAAGCAACAAAUCGUAUUCCUAAUUUCAAGGGCAUUAAAUUCACGUCAAACGACUUAAGCGAAGGCGCUCAAGUCUUGAGAGCUCUCAAGAAUGACCAGGAAAUGUUCCUAGGAGCUGAUACUUUGAUCGCGCCAGCAGCUUUAUUGGGCAUAAAGUCCAGUAUCGGCACCACUUGGAACUUGUUCCCGAGAUUAGCUCAGGAUAUACUGGCCGCGGUGGAAAGGAACGACGUCGCAAGAGCUAGGUCUUUACAGGAGACACUCAGCUUGGCUAUUGAAGCACAUACAGUUGAAGGUCCAUGGGUACCCAUAAUGAAAGCAGGCAUGGAAAUUGUUUCCGGAAUAAAAGUCGGUCCGCCAUCACUGCCGCAGAAACCGAUUACUGAUGAAGCGAGGAAAAGAAUCGAAAGUAGAUUAAGAAAACUCCAAAUUAUUGACUAAAAGCUACACUAAAAUAUACAUUGUUAAUAAUUAAAGUAUAUUAAACUGGU